AAGACAUAAAAAUAAAGAGUGACACUAUCACUGUCCAUACUCUGCCUUACCAAAAAAAAAAAGUCUCUCUAAAAUCUCACUCCCAAAUCUCAGAGAUACUCUCUGCUUCUCCGAUCCCUCUCUCAUCUUGGUUUAUGAGCUCGAAGGAGAGACCCACUCUUGGUGGCACGCGGAUUAAGACCCGCAAACGGAAUAUCGCUGCACCACUGGACCCUGCAGCAUUUGCUGAUGCAGUGGUCCAGAUAUACUUGGAUAAUGCUGGUGAUUUGGAACUUGUUGCUAAGAGCAUUGAAUCCUCAGACCUUAACUUCUCAAGAUACGGUGACACCUUUUUUGAGGUUGUUUUCACAGGAGGCCGCACACAACCUGGCACAACAAAACCUGAUGAAGGGGAGCGCCAUCCUUACUCUAUAAUAGAUUGUGAGCCUACACGGGAAGUCAUUUUACCAUCUGUAAUCUACAUACAGAAAAUUCUGAGGCGCAGGCCAUUUCUCAUAAAGAACCUUGAAAAUGUUAUGCGAAGAUUCCUGCAGUCGCUGGAACUUUUUGAAGAAAAUGAAAGGAAGAAGCUGGCCAUUUUCACGGCACUUGCAUUCUCCCAGAAAUUAUCUGGGCUGCCACCAGAGACUGUUUUCCAGCCUUUGCUUAAGGAUAACCUUGUGUCCAAAGGGAUAGUUCUCUCAUUUAUAACAGACUUCUUCAAGGUGUAUCUGGUUGAUAAUAGCCUUGAUGAUCUGAUUUCAAUUCUGAAACGGGGAAAAAUGGAGGAAAACCUUCUAGAGUUCUUCCCAUCUGCGAAGCGAUCUGCUGAAGGUUUCUCUGAGCAUUUCGCCAAGGAAGGACUGAUACCUCUGGUUGAAUAUAAUGAAAAGAAAAUAUUUGAGGUGAAGUUGAAGGAAAUGAAAUCUGCAUUAACAACUCAGAUAGCAGAGGAAGCUGACAUAUCUGAAGUCAUAGACACUGUGAAACAACGAGUUAAAGAUGCUAAGCUACCAGAUAUUGAAAUUGUGCGUAUUUUGUGGGAUGUAUUAAUGGAUGCUGUUCAAUGGUCUGGCAAGAAUCAGCAGCAGAACGCCAAUUCAGCUUUGCGCCAGGUAAAGACAUGGGCUCAACUCUUAAAUACAUUCUGCACCAAUGGAAAACUUGAGUUGGAACUCGUGUAUAAAGUUCAGAUGCAAUGCUAUGAGGAUGCUAAGUUGAUGAAGCUAUUUCCUGAGAUAGUGAGGUCUCUCUAUGAUCAGGAUGUGCUUGCAGAAGACACCAUUCUGCAUUGGUUCCGCAAAGGAACAAACCCCAAGGGCAGACAAACCUUUGUGAAGGCCCUGGAGCCCUUCGUUAAUUGGCUGGAAGAGGCCGAGGAAGAGGAAUAAGGGCAACUGGAUCAAAUGUUGUUCACCUCCUUUUAUGCUUUUCUUAGCUAUCCAUUCCUGAGAUGAUAAUUACUCAUAAAUUUCCAGCUUUCAUAAAACUUGGUGUGCCUGUUCUGUUGUUCACGAUGACACUGACAACCAUUUAUGGCUAUGAUAAUUGCAGUAAUUAAGUGCUGCUUUAUA